AGUUUCGUAGCGAUACAAGCGCAAAGGAGAGGACAGAGAGAAGCAGAGAAAAGGAAGAAACAGCAACUCAUUCUUUGGAGCAUGAACAGAUUCACAUUUGCUGCUUUCCUGUUGGCAGUGGGCUUUUUUGUGUGCGAAGGAGGUAACCCAUGUUGCUCAGAGCCAUGCCAGAACAAGGGCGUUUGCACUGCAUUAGGAGCAGAUAAUUAUGAGUGUGACUGCACACGUACAGGAUAUUAUGGACAAAACUGCACAACACCUGAGUUCCUCACCUGGAUCAAAAUGACCCUGAAGCCAUCACCCAACACCGUCCACUACCUUCUCACCCACUUCAAGGGCUUCUGGAACAUCAUCAACAACAUCUCGUUUCUCCGGGAUGCCAUCAUGAGAUAUGUGCUGACAUCCCGAUCCCACAUGAUUGAUAGUCCUCCAACUUACAAUGCGGAUUAUGGUUACAAAAGCUGGGAGGCUUAUUCCAACCUUUCCUACUAUACACGAACUCUUCCCCCUGUGCCAGAGGAUUGCCCAACCCCCAUGGGAGCAGUAGGUAAAAAGGAGCUACCCGAUGUUAAACUUUUGGCUGAGAAGCUCCUGAUGAGGAGAGAGUUCAUCCCGGACCCGCAGGGCACCAGCCUGAUGUUUGCGUUUUUCGCACAGCAUUUCACUCACCAGUUCUUCAAAUCUGAUAUGAAGAAAGGCCCUGCUUUUACCCAGGCCAAAGGUCACGGGGUGGACCUCAGCCACAUUUAUGGAGACAGCCUGGAGAGGCAACACAAGCUCAGACUCUUCAAGGACGGCAAGCUUAAAUAUCAGAUCCUGGAUGGAGAAGUGUACCCCCCAACAGUACAGGAAGUGGGCGUUGACAUGCACUACCCUCCUCAUGUUCCCGAUUCUCACCGCUUCGCUGUUGGUCAUGAGGCGUUCGGCCUGGUCCCUGGUCUGAUGAUGUACGCCACCAUUUGGCUGCGGGAACACAACCGGGUGUGUGAUGUGUUGAAGGAGGUGCACCCCGACUGGGAUGAUGAAAGACUCUUCCAGACCACACGGCUCAUCCUGAUUGGUGAGACCAUCAAGAUCGUGAUCGAGGACUACGUGCAGCACCUGAGUGGCUAUCACUUCAAGCUCAAGUUUGACCCCGAGCUGCUCUUCAGCCAGCGUUUCCAGUACCAGAACCGCAUUGCUUCUGAAUUCAACACCUUGUACCACUGGCACCCUCUGAUGCCUGAUAGUUUCCACAUUGAGGAGAAAGAUUACAGCUACAAAGAGUUUGUCUUCAACACCUCUGUGGUGACUGAGCACGGCAUCAACAACCUGGUGGAGUCAUUUACCAAGCAGAUUGCUGGACGGGUUGCUGGUGGUCGUAAUGUCCCUGGAGCUAUCAUGUACGUGGCCAUUAAGUCCAUAGAGAACAGCAGACAAAUGCGUUACCAGUCUCUGAAUGCCUACAGGAAGCGGUUCAGCAUGAAGCCCUACAGCUCAUUUGAGGACCUGACAGGAGAGAAAGAAAUGGCAGCAGUGCUGGAGGAGAUGUACGGACAUGUUGACGCUGUAGAGCUCUACCCAGGCCUGCUGGUGGAGAAGCCCAGGCCAAAUGCCAUCUUUGGGGAGACCAUGGUAGAAAUGGGGGCCCCUUUCUCUCUCAAGGGGUUAAUGGGAAACCCAAUCUGCUCCCCGGAGUACUGGAAGCCCAGCACCUUCGGAGGCAGGGUGGGCUUCGACAUCAUCAACACUGCCUCCCUGCAGAAGCUCGUCUGCAAUAACGUGCAGGGCCCCUGUCCCGUGGCGUCCUUUUAUGUGCCCAACAUUAAAGAGACGGGGUCCACGAUCAUCAACUCAAGCACGUCCCACUCACGCGGCAGUGAUAUCAACCCUACAGUCAUUUUGAAAGAAAGGACUACUGAGCUCUAAUUUUUUUAUCUCACUUGGUUAUUUUUUUAUCCAUGUAUUUAUUUAUUUAUUUAUUUUUUAUAUUUAUUAUUAAUUCUAUUUAUAGUAUAACAUUAGAAAGUGAAAAACUGAUUUUAAUAUGGAACUGUGUAUAUUUUGUAUAUUAUUGGUUUUCAAAAACAAAAGCUUCUUUAUUUAUUUAAUAUUCAUUGCAUUAAAAGAUUAUUAUUAAAAGAGUAAUAUAAUGACCUCAGUCACUGCAACGUGAUACUUGAACAUUAGUUUACAGUUUCAACUGCAUAGUAGAGUACUUUACUUCGAUUAACUGCUGCUCCCCCAUUUAUGUCCAUGCAGUUCUAUGUUUGUCCCAAUACACCACACUGAUCUGUUUUACAAACAGCGAUAAAGUAGUACACUAUAGUAGUGAUGCUCACAGUUCACAGAUUUUCACUUCAUGACUGAUCUUGUCUCUCUUGAUGUCUCUCCUGAUAUAUUGUACUUUCAGUAUUGUUUUACAGGGUUUUUUUUUCUACUUCAGUUUGUGUCUUGGGUAGGCUAACUUGAAAUGACAUCAAUAACUGUUUCUAAGCUGCACUGUUGUUUAGAAUUGCGUUAAGUACUGGAUGAAUUUAGCUGAUCAGAUGGCAUCAGUGGUUGAAUAAAUGCAAAAAAAAAAUA